CGGAUUAGGCAGGAGGCACCGGCGGCUACGACGCCACGUAAGGCAAUCACGUGCGGGUAAAUAAUCUGUUGACCCAGGGCACGUGACGUGUUCGCCGUUGAACCAGGUCACGGCGCGUCGCGUUGCAUCUUGUUGAAUUGUUGACUGAGCCAAACAACGCGACAACAAGCCACCUGUAUAAAGCCCCUGCCCUGCCUCCCCUUUCCUUACCGCUCACCGGCGACCUCACACACCUGAACCUCCUUGCCUAGGCCUCUCUAGCCUCUCUUAAAACCGCCCCCAUCCUCUUCCAUUUUCAUAACAAUGUCCGUCGCUGGAAUGAGCACCCCCCCUCGCGUCGCGUCCCCCGCUCCCACCCCGAGCAAGAAGGCUGCGGCUGCUAUCAAUGCCAUGUCACUCACGACCCCUACGAAAGCUGGCAAGAUCCCAGCACUCAACCUCAUCGACGAUGAACGUCUUUCGAAGUCCCCUGCUUCUCUUGCGGACGAGCUCGAGGAAGAGGAGAUAGACCCUGAGCUUGAGGAGCUCAGGAAGAAGUGGGUCGGGGAGAUUGAGCUUCCAGAAAAUAUGGAACCCCUGUUGACCGAGUCUAAGCGCCGCUUUGUCUUGUUCCCCAUCCAGUACCAUGAGAUAUGGCAAAUGUACAAGAAGGCCGAGGCCUCCUUCUGGACUGUCGAGGAGAUCGACCUCUCGAAGGAUACCCACGACUGGAACAACCGUAUGAACGACAACGAGCGUCACUUCAUCUCACACGUCCUCGCUUUCUUCGCCGCGUCGGACGGUAUCGUGAACGAGAACCUCGUCGAGCGUUUCUCGAACGAGGUGCAGGCCGCUGAGGCGCGCUGCUUCUAUGGCUUCCAGAUUAUGAUGGAGAACAUCCACUCCGAGACAUACUCGCUCCUCAUCGACACUUACAUCAAGGACCCGAAGCAACGCGAGCAUCUCUUCGAUGCCAUUGAUACCAUCCCGUGCAUCAAGAAGAAGGCGGACUGGGCUCUUCGCUGGAUCUCGGACAAGCGUUCGAGCUUUGCUGAGCGCCUCAUCGCGUUUGCUGCGGUCGAGGGUAUCUUCUUCUCGGGCUCGUUCGCCUCCAUUUUCUGGCUCAAGAAGCGUGGCCUCAUGCCUGGUCUCACGUUCUCGAACGAGCUCAUUAGUCGCGACGAGGGCAUGCACACUGAUUUCGCUUGCCUCCUCUUCACCCACCUCAAGCGUCGCCCUCACCCCGACAUCGUCAAGCGCGUCAUCACAGAGGCCGUCGGGAUCGAGCAGGAGUUCUUGACUGGUGAGUGGUAUCGAUCUUCGUGCUCAACAGGGUGCUAACAACGUAUCGUAGAUGCCCUCCCUUGCGGGCUCAUCGGCAUGAACUCCACGCUCAUGUGCCAGUACAUCGAGUUCGUUGCCGACCGCCUUCUCGUCGCCCUCGGGGUUGAGAAGCUUUACAACGUGACGAACCCCUUCGACUUCAUGGAUAUGAUUUCGCUCCAGGGCAAGACCAACUUCUUCGAGAAGCGCGUCUCCGACUACGCGAAGGCCGGUGUCAACGCAUCGGCGUCGAGUGGCAAGUCUGAGGUAUCAGCGAAGAGCUU